CAUGAUUGAAUGAUGGGGCCCAUAGUACUACUCACGUUCUACGAAGAAGAAAGUCAACAAAUAAAAACAUAGACGAUUACGAUUUUUCUAAAGCAAAUUCAAUCACCUUGUGUCUUCGUCUUGUGACUGUACAUCGGCCUCCCAUAUUAACUACAAUUAGCACAUCAACCUCAACAAGCAUACCAACUACGAGACCAAGCACCACAACGACGAUGAACUCCCAUUACAACUUACUCACAUUUACAUAAGUACUUUCUUCUUACCACACCAAACGCAAGCUACCAACAACCACUUGUACCCCAGCACAACAUCACUACUUCUACCUGACAAGAACAUUACAUACUUCUACACAACUAUCUCCUCCUCUUACCGAUCUACUCCCUCUUCACCCUCCAACAUCACAAGCAACACAAAGAUGAUUCAGUGGUUUGAGGUCUCCCGUGUCCCUCUCCUCCUAGAGGAGUUAGUCGCCAGUGCCGACGCAGCCUGGCUUCUUUGGUUUCUCCGGAUUGCUUUGCCUGCCAUCGGCGUCUGCUACUACUUUCGACACGAAAGUGGUACUGUUGGAGGGAUCGGCGCGGGCAAUAAGGGUAUGGUCAAAGGCAAUAAUGUCUCGUCUGUACGACUAGUUGAGCUCAACAAUGUUGUGCUUGUGGGUGGACCUGGAGAUGGACUAUCGAGAACUCGUCCAAACACAUAUGAACAUCUUUUGGAAGACUAAAGCCAGGCACCAACUAGAAGAUCUUGAUUUAUUCUGCAUGUAAAUGAUAUGUCCUUUCUGUUUAUGUUGUACAUCCCCGCCUCUACUAAGUCUGAUGCAGGAGCUGUCAACCAAGACCGCAAAUCAGGAGAGGAGAAACUCCAUCUCUCCUCGUCUGCAGAGGUGGUGCAUUUCUCGUCUACUGGCGCGACUAAGAAAAUUAUGUGCAUCUGGGCGUGGUGAAAAAUUUCAAUUUUUUUAUCUUACCUGAAAGACUGAUCGUCCAUGAUUAGCAAAACAUGAAAAGAAACCACAUGUGAUCAUUCAAGCGGAACUAGUAGAAUCAUUUCUAAUCUUCUCAGAGAUGACACGCUGCAUCUCAGAGAUAACUCGCGCGGAGGUGUCAGCUCUCUUCUCAAGUCCACCCAGUCUCGCUCGACUCUGCAAGAUGACCUUGAAGUGUCGCAACUUGGAACUGUCUCUGCUGGUGGAGCAGGCGUACGAAGCGGAGAUAACGAUAUUUCUGCCUCUGCUAUUGGCAGCACAAGUAUCCGGAAAAAUGGCGAUGUUCACGAGACGCUGUUGGGUUCUCCAGGUCUGGGUGCUCCAGGUCUGGACUGUAAUGGAACCAGCUCUGCUUCUGCUGGUCAAAGUCCUUCGGAUGAAGACAGCGCAUCUACUUCAGGUACGGACUUCACCUCCUAGCUCCUCUUGAUAUGCAAAACUCUACUCGUAUCUCUUCGAUCUAUUCCAUGAUAAGAAGCUUCGGCUUCACUUUUCCUAAUCUGCAACCGCAAUUGCCGAUUAUCACCGUCAUUUUUCCUAUUAUAUUUAUAAAUACUCACAGGUGGAAAUACAAAUAAGGAUGACAACAACGAGUCCGCGAAACCGCAGGAAACCUGUCCGAUCAACCGCGAAGCACAAGAGAAACUGAAGGUGUUAUUCGGUUUGUCACUGGGACAGGAACUGGAUUUAGUUUUGGAAGCUUAAAGGAAAGUGUGUUGUCACUGGGACAGGAACUGAAUUUAGUUUUGGAAGCUUAAAGGAAAGUCAAACUGACAUCAAUUCUUUCAUAUUCAUCUAAGUAGUAAAAACCAACAUACUUUUCUUUAUUUUACAGUGUGGUCACGACUCAGUGACGUGUAGGUGUAACAUGAUCACACUCUUGUGUAACACACUCUUCUUCAACAAGGUCACAAACCGUGCCAAUUUGGGUGGAAUUGAAGCCAUUUGGCACGAAUUGAAUGAAAAAAACGUCAAAAUUUCGGACAGAACUUACCGCUUGCUUGUGGAAUUGUGUCUCGAUGCUGCUCGUUGGUCUGAUCAACAGAGCGUGGGUACUAUUGUAGUUGAUACUAGGGUUCAUAUGUUGCUCUUGCUUGUGCUUUUUUUCUCUGACCCUCUCUCUGGAACUAUAAGUAGAGCAGGCAUUCUUGUAAUAUUAAAGGAUGCUACGGCUUGCGAUUGUGUCCUUGAGGGACAUCCACCGCAUCGAAGAUGACAACCUUUAGAUGAGAAGCAAUCCGACCAUAUAAACGUAUAGCUUUAUUCACACUCUACAUCUACUCCCGCACUCUACAGCCGAGCCCGCUUUCUGGAAGACGCCCAAAAAGCGUGGUUUUGCCGAGUCUCCUUCUUCAACUCGGGUUCCGAGUUAUCAGAAUACACCCUUGCACGGUUCAAGUGGAAAGUCGGUAAUUAUUGUUCAUCUAAUGAGAUUUUUGCUAACUAUUAAGUAGGUAUCUGUAACUAACUUCUGUAAGUAAGCAGAUUAUAGCACUGGUGGCAGGUGUGACCACCGCGGCCAGGUCUUGGAUUUGAUCAUGUAGAUAAACAUAAAAAUGACAUUAAACUACAGACAAGUGCGCGUUAAUCAGUUGAUGAAUCAUCUGUGAACUUAUUGUUAUUUUCAGGAACAAUCGCCGGACAAAAAUACUAUCAACGACUUGCUUGCGCUCGUUGGGGGACAACAGAAGAAAGAGGAAUAUCCAGCAGCUUUGUGUACUUUUUACCUGGUGAAUUUGUGCUAUUUAGACUCUGUUGGGCUAGUACUAGUACUAGUUGAUGUCAUCACCAUGAUCGUAAUCAGAUCAUGUUGGUGAUCUAGUACAUCUUCAUGAUCUUGCCAAAAACUAGAUACAGAAAACGACCGUCUGAUCAAGUUCGCACAUCAUAGACAUGAUUCCUCAAUUUCAACAUCCAGAUCCGACCGCCGAACACCAUGGGGCCAUGUUUUAUCAUCCUAUGAUUGCUGAUUACAACACGUGGGCCGAAUACUGGGCUUAUUUUGGCGCUCCUGCUGGGGCGCCACCUGGUGUAGUUCAUCCUGGCCACUAUGGACAUGGAGCUGGUGCAGCGGCCCCCGCGUCAUGGGCUGCUGGUGCAACACAUCAUGUUGUACAACAACCUGGACCUCCUUCAGCAGGGCACCAUGUUUAAGGCUACCACGACUUCUAAUCCUUCUCGUCUAGUAAGUAUCUGUGGGGAUGUUGAUCCCUCUAGAACAUUACGGAUAGCUGCUCUAACAGAUGCAAGGAACAGGAGCCGCUUCAGGAGCACACCAAACAGUGACAGGUGCUGGAGUUCCACCGCAACCUCCUGCUCUUCCUCCUUUCGCAGCUCCUCCGGCUCCUGCGAUGCCUCCGACUCCUGCGAUGCCUCCGACUCCUGUUAAGAUGCCGGCUCCAGUCGAACAACUUCUACCACCAGAGACGAAAAACUCAUCAACUACAAACAUGAUCCUGAUCGAAGAGGCUGAAGAACAAGGUAGUUGUUCUACUUCUGCGAUUAAAGUUGUCGGAAGUCGUGGACAAGAACAAUAUGCUGCAAACAAGGCAAAGAUGAAUGCGGGUUGUACUACAACCACUCCGAGUUCGACAACGCGUGGUGGCUCAACAUCUGUUACCGCAACACCUGAAAAAAGCAACAAAAGUAGAUGGUCAACACAGCAUUUUCAUUCUUCUCGUGCAGCGACUUCAACUUCUCCAGAGAUGAAGGAGCAACCUCAAGACGAAGAUAAAGUUGUUGAUAAACAAGAUAUUAAAGUUGUAGAGGACGACACAAAGCAAGAAGAUGAAGUUAGCGAAGGAGUUGAAGAUCUUGUUCAAAGAGGGAGAUCCGCUGAAGCAAACAAGAGUGUUGACGAGGCAGCUACCUCUGCUCCUAGCACUACAGUAAGUGCAGCUCCAGCUCCGCCGCCUGCUCCGCCGUCCGCGCCGACGUCUUUGAGUCCUAACAAAAAUGUCAAGCAUCAUGACCACAAUCGUGCUGGCAAUACCAGUAACACUGUUGUACCCGCUCCGCCACCUGCCGCACCACCUGCCCCACCAGGAUAUGGAGCAAUGUGGGGACCUGCUUCCCGAUAUCACUACAACAUGCAACAGCACAACAACAUGAUGGAUCCUGGUUCGAUGAAUAACGCAAACAAUUUUGCUCAUCAUCACCAGUAUUACAGUGGAGCUAGUAAUAUGCAGCAUCAACAAAUAAAAGGUGCUGGUGCACCUGCUCCGGGAUAUAAUACGAAUGCAUCUACUAAUGCUAAGGUCAGCUUUUAUCCAUCUUUCUCGGCAUCUUGGUGCCCUUUAUUUCCCUUGUAAUUCAUGGGAAAGGGGUCGAGAUGAGGGGACCAAGAUGAAUAACAGCCGACUCUAAUAGUGGGGCCUAUAAUCAACAUCAUCUUGUUGCAGCUGGGACUACAACUUCUGCUGGUGCGGCAGCUGCUCCGGUGCCACUGGUUCCUGGUCCCGCUGGCUCUCAUGGGUCUCAAAAAGGCGGUUCUUCGAAUCAUGUCAAUCAUCAACACACUUCUCAGCACAACAAUUAUAGUCAACAGAUGAUGACACCAGGAGGUGCUUCGACAAACCACAAUGCUUCUUUGGCUACGCCAACCGCGAUGACCACUAGUACAGAAACUACACAUCCGACUACAGCUGCUGCACAGCCUGUAUCUGGAAAUGGGUCGACAACAUAUCUUCAACAGCAGGGUGCUUCUAUGAUGAACCAAAACUAUGUUCAACAGAUGCCGACUGCCUCAAGCACGCAGCGUGAUGGAGCAGGACACAAUUUCUACGGAGGAGGCGGGUCCCAUGUUACAGCGAGUCCAGGGAAACGAGGCCAACACGACCGCAAUUACCACAACACGACCGCUUUUAACAGCAUUAUGGCUGCAGCUGGAAAAAAGAUGUCGAGUCUUUUUCUCUCCAAGAUUAUCUGUCCUCCUAUUCAAGUCCACACACAAAGCAUGAUCUAGAAACCCACACAUUCAAAACAUCAGAGAUUCCAAAACAUGAAACUUUAAGGUAAUUGAGAGCCCACCAUUGGGCCUAGAAACGUAAGCAAUGUCUUGGGGGUUCUACAAUAGUUUCACGUGCUUGCAAUUAUAGAAGCAAUAUGUUCUUUGUGCACACCUAUGAUCUUCCUCUAAUCACCACACCAGCGCCUACAAAAACAACGGUCAGCACUACAGCCAUACGGAGAAAUUGCAAAAGGGCGUCGCAAAUAAAGGAGAGACGCCUUCUGCUGAUUCAUCUGGUACUCGAUUAUCUAUGUAUGUUUCUUUCUGAUAUAUUAAAAAUACAGAGAAAAUCGAGUACCAGCUGAAUCAGCAGACAAGAGUAAAUCUAAUCAUGAACAUAUGUAGUUCUUCUAGUAACUAGAGGAGUUUAUUACCAGUGGAUAAGCAUUUCCCUUUCCCCCUUUCCCCUUUGCUUUGUUGGACUUACCCCCAGCAUUAAGUGCCUCUAGAAGUACCUGCUCACGUGCUUUUGGAUUUCCUCUUUCUACCGCAAAUGAGAAACUUGCGUGGAAGUUGAUCCUACGUGAUUUCCAUCUUACAACUGCAUCUACUACAUCUUCAGGUACCGACGCGACCACGACCGACCAAACACCUCCGCGCUUGCCAGCGUCCGACAAGAAAUACCAAUGAUCACCAUGUGACCCAUUCUACUUGGGUUUCCGACAUCGUCCAAAAACAAAAUUGAAUCACAAAUAAUUAAAAGAGAGACGCACAAAUACAAAAAAGACUAGAAACUUCUGUUCUUUUUCUAAAUUCUACACUUUUUUAUAACAUGACCAUAUAAUAAAUAUAUAAUGAUAAUGUUGUAACAACAUAGAAGAUAAUGUUGUAACAACAUAGACGAUUGAAUCGAUGAUCAUUAUAUACGGCAUAUUGAAUCAUCUUCAUGCAUGCUACUCAUAUAAAAAAAAGCUCAUAUCAUCCCAAGAGGAAAGGAGGACUCUUCGAGGAUCAGGAUUGGAAUUAUUUACUCUUUUUACCUACUGAAAAAAUUUGACUCUUUCUUUUUCUUGUUCAAUUUACAACCAAUAAACUACAACUACAUUCUUUCAUAUGGAUUCUUUCUUGCGAAGAAAUACCAUCCAAGAUCAGAAUGACGUCUGCAAAAAAAAAAUCGAACGAUAUGGAUAUUUUGAUUCAAAUUCAAACUUUUUCUCUGCAUUGAUGAGAUAUAAUUUUCAGGAUGUAAGCAUAGAUAUGGGAACGGAUUCUUAUUUUUCUCUUAGAUGAAAUUCAAAGAAAGGUCCUCUUCACGACUAUGUUAUGCUUACGAAAUUUAGUAGAUGUUCAGGAUCGUUGUUAUUGUUUAACAUUUACUCCUUCGUACUCUACGGCUGCGUUAAUCCGCUCGAGUAUGCAGGUAAAGCUGUGGGCGGCGGACUGAAUCCUAAUCCUAAUCCUAGCAUUAAAACUUCGGAUUCAGUCCUUCCACAGUGGCAGUCUACUUAUCUCAUCGUGUACAAAAAACAGUCGUAUAAUUACAUAGGCGCGGCUACAAAAAACAAGAUCUGACGAGAAGUGACCAAAAUAAUUGAGUAGAACGUUAAAAAACUAAGUCGUGACUAUGAUCCUCGUAGCUGUACGAGAUUUGGUGAAGAAAUAUGGAUAAAAACAAGAUAGACACAAAAUAUAGUGAUGAUGGUCUACAAAAAAGAGAGAUUUUGAUGUUUGAAGAUGUCGAGUUGCAGUUGUUCUUGUAGUUGCUAAGUAUAUAAAAAUUCAAAAAAGGUAUACCCCGUGUCCUCCCAAUAAUUAUAGAAGUCGUAAUCUUACUAGAAAUUGACUAACAAAAUCAAAAUUGAUUAUUCUUGGUGAGAAAAAGUAUCCGCAUCGUGCUGGAUCAACAUCGCACGAACGCUUCUAAAUAUGCAGAUGAGUAUCCGACUACUCAAUUUGGCCAUCCAUCAUUGGAGAAUCAGCGCAUCAACCUUCAGUCGAGAUGAAGCAUUCAGAGAGAGAGAGAGAUGUCAGUGAUGAAAGUCUGUCUUGUUGUCAUCCCGUACCGAAUCUGUAUCGUCUUGCCUGCUUGUUCUUGUUUUGACAGAUCUUCAUCUUCUUUAUCUUCUGUCAUUUCCUUCGCCUUCCGCAGAUGUGGAUUUUUCGGCUUGUUGCUGCACCUAUUUUGCGGAUAUAAAGUAAGGAGAAGUGUCCUUCUCCUGCAUACAAGCCUCCAUACUGGUUGUAAAACGAUAGGUUGCAAGAAUUCUCUUCAUCAAAUAGAGCAGGAAAGAGGACACGACGACGAGGAACUACUGACAGCAUUCCUUGACCGUCACCACUUUCUAAAUAGACCUAGACCUACACCUACAAGGUAUUAAGUCUUCAACCUUUAUUUGUUAGAAAUUUCCCAGACGCCUACGCCAUUUGUAUCAAGAAGAAGAAGAAGAAGAUGCUAAAAA